AUGGAAGCCUUCAUCGAAGCGGCAAGGCAGGCCGUAACGGUAGCCGCAGUAGACUUCGGUCCCGUCCAACAGCUGGCUGAAGACGCAGCCAAGGGCGUUGCUGAUGGUGAAGCACUAAGAGAAACCAUCACAACAUUAGUCGACACGUACAGCGCAGCCGAUAGCUCACAGGUGGUGCUGCAGUGCUCUCUGAUGAAAGCUAUCGGGAGUAUUCUAUGUGCCACAGCAUCAAACAUUGGGGGCAGUAAUUGCCAACUUGCGGUGGAUGAUUAUAUUCUUCUUGCGCUCUUUUUUAACGAGAUAUCAACGGUAGGUGACGUUCAGUUGUUUUCGCUUCUGACAGAAGCCGUGACAGCUCUCUUCCGGCAGACGGCUGCAGUGGCUUUUAAAUCAGCUCUGUCGCCAAGCAGUAAUGAGACCGAAGAUUGCUCAUCCAUCACAUCGCUACGUGGGGAAUUGCAGUCCCUCCGGCUCGUUAUGGCGAAGCGGCUCGUUGGUCCUUCUAACGCUUCCGAAUUCGUAAGUAAACAACAUCAACGCCACGACACCGCCAUGCAGCUGAAGGUGAUAGAUUGUCUGCGUGUCUUGCUUCUCUCGCUUCUGGAAGUAUCCAAUAGUGAGGACGCGACAUUAGCAGCGGUUAAGGAAAUGCAGAAAGGCGGAACAGGCAAUGAAGCUGCCCUGCAGGCGGCGCGCCAGGUCGUUGAAGGGUUGUUUUUGCCCCUUUCCACUGCAGUGGACGCCCUCCGUCCUCAUGUGACCAAUAGCAGCAGUGGCAAGGGAAGGUUGUUGGUUACACCGCAACCAAAUGGUGCACAUGGCACGGCCGUUUCGCCACUAGUGCUGGUAAGCACUUUUCGUGUAGUAGAGGAGCUACUGUGGCAUUGUGCUGGACGCGGAACUGAUGACUCGAUUGUUGUCGUUGGGCGUUUCGCAGCGAACCGCUUGCUGACGGCCGUACAGCAAUAUUUAGUGCUCCAACAACAAAAAUCUGUAGAGUCCACAGGAACCGAAUCACAGGAAAAACCGGCGGCAGCGUUUGAUGUGCUUCGCGCUGCUGGACCUCAGCGCGCUAUUCGCCGGCUGCUUUCAGUGGUCCACCGGCAACUGCCUGUGUUCCCCUCGAUUGAAAGUGCGGUGACAGCGGCCAUUGGUGUCUUUGGUGGGCAAUUGGAUGUUGACGACCCACUCAAACUUACGAAUUUGCAACAAGACGGAGUCGGUGCUGAGAAUGGUUGUAAUAAUGCAACUGACGUUAGCGGCGAUAACCGCAUUUGUGCUGCUAAAUGGGAAGAGGCACCGUCCUCGUCAGCAACCUCGAGGCUGCGUGAGUGUGAGCAGAUAUUACCUGCGCCCAGCAGUGAUGCAGUAGUUAAUGAAGGCGCAGCGGCUGACUUUGAUGACCCAACGCUUAUGGAAGAUGGUGCCGAUGGAGGGCCACGGGAGACGCUCCUUAAGAGUACUGUCGGGCCCCUCCCGGCGAACGCUCUCGUAGAGAUGGUGUUCUUGAGUAUCUCACGCCUUGACAUUAUUAAUGAGCAGGGAAUUCAGUUGCUGCACAUGCAGGGACUUCAACAGCAACAGUAUGAAGCAGUACGACGAGCACAAAGGGCAGAACUACAGCGACUUCGUCGUAUUGAACAGCAGGGUGUGGAAAAUAUUCCCGUCGGCAGGUUGUUGGAGCACUUGAAGGAAAGCACGGCAAUGUACGCAGCUGGUGCACAAUUGCUCAGCAAUGAGUCCGGUCUUGCCACAAUGCAGCGCGCCGCUCUUUUCUCGUUACUUGACGCAUACGAUCUGUUGGUGGAUGCGCAAGAGGGUCGUGUGCGAGAGGCCCAAGCACUCAUUGCCCGUACAAUCGCUCAGAUGCCCUCGUCGAUGAUGGAUUCUGCGCUAGAUGCCGUCUGCGCCCGCUUGAAAAAAGAACUGGCUGCGGCGAGUAGUUUUCAAAAGACGAGAGGAGGGAGCCCAGUAGCGAAGGUUCCACCACUUACAUCGGCGUACCAGCUAGCCCUUCAGGUACUCUUCAUGCUAUACUCAGCACAGGCACCGGUGCAUGAACAUGACGGCAAGGCGCUGAUGUUUGCGGUUUCCCCCUCUUCUGCCUUUGCUAACAUGGGGGGUGAGGUGCAGCUACAGUCACGUGCAGUUCUCACUAUUGAUACGGAAAACCCAGUUGACUGGCUGCAGGCACCGGAUAUGCAAAGUUCGCUAACUGACCGCAAGCGGCCACGUGACGAUGGUAGCUCGUUUGGCGGAAACGAUCUCGACUCUUUCCACCGUGAGGGCGUAAGUGGUAGUGAAGAGGCACAGUCGGCAACGGAUGGUCCUUCGCGCUUCUUCCGUGAGGACUCUAUACAAAACCCUUGUGUGUAUAGCCACUUUCUCUGCCGCAUGAUGGAGGUGCUGACGGAAGGCGAGAUGCCAGUGUUGCUUCUCGACUUGCUGUUGCAGUGCCCUCGCAUUACUCGCUAUGUUUGGCACUAUUUGCACAAACACUAUUGUCUUUCGCCGGAAAAGGCACGUUGCCUGCUGGGAAUGUGGCUUCUAAAAAGUGUCGCCGCGCGCCGCGCAGUUUGUCGACGCUACGCCCUAAACAGCCUUCUCUACAUGACUACAUCGAGGAGUGAGUAUCCACGUCGCCUCGCAGUGAAACAAUUAGGUGCUCUACUGGCCUCAUCCGCCGGGCUGGACGGCCGGCGCGUGAUUGACGAUAAUGUGGAGACCCUUCUUGUGCGGCACGCCAAGCGGCAAAUAGCCGCCAUACCAGUCACUAGGCUCCCAACAGCAGUUACGUCUUCAGGGAGUGCUGUGGCGAAACAGGAAGAAGGAGAAACGACCAUGACGGGAGGUGAUGCGGCGGAAACUCGAGCGAAGGAGUUACAGAAGCUGACCGAAGCACUGGACCGCCAUCUUGGGCCAUUCCUUAUGUUGUGUGCCCGGCAACCGCGCGAGCUCAUUCCAGCACUUCUUGACGUGUUUAAAGAGUGCGUCGAACGGCAAAACACCGCCAUGGUCCAAUUGCUUGCUGAUCAUGUAGACGUGCGCCGCAUGUGUCAGCGGCUCUUUCAAACGGACGCCCUCUCCUUCAUGUCGAAUGUGAUGCCGUAUCUCCGUCGGUACAGCAACAGUGCCACGAUGCUUGUUCAGAGGAUAUUGUGGGCGGUUAGUGCUGAGCUACGGUCGAUGGGGAAAGGUGGUGAGGUAUCAGCAGCGGAUCUGGAGGGAAUAGCCGCAGCUCUGCUCGGCCACGCACGUGUGAUGUAUGAAAAUAGCGAAAUACCUUUCGUAUAUCACAGUGCUCUCGCGAGCAACGGCGAGCCCGCUGACGUGGUAAACGUGCAGGAAUCGCCUGCGUCCCUUCACGACGUGCGGUUCAUUGCCCCUUUUAUGAGUCUCAUUCCGAUGGAGGAGCUUAAGAGGACUUACCUCCGUUCGUUUCUGCACUUUGUGGAACAACAGCUCCAGCAACGGGCCGAGGAAACAAUGGACAAUGACACGGCACCAGAGUCGAUGCGCAUGAGCGAGGAGGAAAUGUCUCGGCUCAUUCGCGAUGUUGCACAAGAAGUCCUUGUCCGCUCACCAGUGCAGUUUAGUGACGGCUCCCCACGCGGGGUUUCGCGUGUGGAUCUUCUUGUUUAUUUGCAUCACGCUACACGUGGAGUACGCGAUGGGGAUGCAUAUCAAAGCAAAGCUCAUCAAUCCUCUCCCCACUCAACUGUUGUGGAGACACCAAUGAGGACUCAUGCAGAAACACGUGGCAUUCUCAGUUCCUCCGGCCCCCAGUCUCCUGAUGGCAGUGUGGUUGGUAACAACGCAAAAGCAAGGACAGCGGAAGGCGAAACCUCGCUCAUCGCUGAGAAUCUUCCCCUCAGUGCCCUCACAACGAAAGAGGUGAUUUGUGUGCUGCUAAAACUGCGGCGGACCUUCGACGAGAGCACGACCGAAUACCUCUACGGACCAGCAGAAAUCAAAGGGGCAGUGCGACAGUUAAUGAAGAACACUGGAGCUACAAAAGUUCCCUCACAGUUGAUGGCAACACUGAUUUUCGCCUGCGGUCUCCACCCACCACGCGCGGCCGUGGACCUCGUUCGAUUUGUCCAUCAGGAGGUCUUGCUUCCACUAGCGAAGGACGGAACAUGGGAAAAGGAUGUUCAGCUGUGGCGCGGUGUCCUCCUCUUCGCAGAGAUGCACUACCGUGAGUGCAGCAGCUUCCUCGUAAACCUGCCAGAUCAGGUCCUCAUCGAAGCACUCCGCGUCCGCCCACAACUGUGUGAAUACUUUAGAGAGGAACAUGGAAACAACGCAUACUUUGGUCAUAUUCUCGGUAGUCUAUAA